AUGGAGGGUAUUAAUGCGGAACUCGAUGAAUCGAUGAUACAACAUGAAACUCCUGCAACAGUAGAUGCCUGCGCGACACUUUUGCAACGGUUAGAUAAUCGACGACGAGCGGCAGAAGCUAAGCGAGGAAAUAAAAAGCCUUGGAAUGCUACUGCUGCUCCGACCCCUCGCCCCCCACCAGGGAAUCCUGCCCCUAUUCCUCGCGCUGCCGCCACAGCUGUCAAUGCACCUGCCCCUGAGAACCACCCCUCAUUCCGCUCGGGAGGUGAUGUACCGAUGGAUCUGUCCGGGGGACGUCGUCGCCCCACCCCCACCGAAAGAAAUGCCCGCUUAGCUGAGGGCCGAUGUUUCUAUUGUGGAGGAGUCGGACAUAUGGUUAGGGAUUGUCCUCAAGCAAGGGCAACUGGAAAUCAACCAAGGAGACCAGUGAUGAGGGGAGCGGCGUUGAGGGUGGAGGAAAUUGACGGAAGCGAUAACUAG